CUCCUAAACAACGCAAUGUUGUCAGAACCUCCGUUACUGAUUUAGACAUUGUCAGACUUAUUAACGUGCAAUAUUUUUUCUAUGAUGCUUUCUUACAAUUUGAGAUUUAGACAGUUUAAAGUGUAGUUGAGCUGUAGGACAACGCCAGAGCCUCAAUGGGGGAAGUGAGGAAGCUGCAAAAGAAGUUGAGACAGAUUGAAAAUCUGGAAAUAAAAAUCACUCUCACCCCUGAGGAAAGAUUCAAGAUCUCCAGGAAGGCGGAGCUGCGUUCCAGAUUGGCUCAGCUUCAGCUGCAGCUUUCUGGCCCGCAGCAAACUCUUGGGAUUGUGGGAGACGGAAAAAAGGAGAAGAUGAAAAGACAAGUGGAGAAUGCCCCCGAGGCCCUUCCAUCACAAAUGCCUCCAGCCUCAAAGAUCCAUAAGGGAGAAAAGGAGUCCAAAGCUCAAGCGACGCCAGUGCCAGCUGCCAGGCAGGAGGAGGCAGUGGGGGAAGCAGAGAUAGGCAGACAGCGGGAAAGGACAGAGCCGGCCAAGGUGUCAGAUUACUGUCGAGACACGUCAAGACGCUGUCCAGAUUUUGACAAGGAGCAACAACUGCAACAGCAAGAAGCUGAAUUUACGUCCCUCAAAGCAUCUUGGGAAAAGUCAAAGUUUCGUCUGAGGCUGCUGGAGGGUCACAAUGACAUAGUCACCUGUGUGGUUGCUGUUGACAACCUGGUGGUUUCUGGAAGUCGAGAUACAACAGUGAAGGUGUGGCACGUUCCUACGGCAACAGAGCAAAAGAACCUGGGAGGUCACACCGGCGGAGUCACCUGUCUGUCUGCUCCUCCCCCUGAGUACUGCAAGAGGCUAGCCUGGUCCCUGUCUUUGUCCGACAAAGAGAGGUUUAUUUUAAGUGGCUCUGCAGACUGCAACGUGAAGAUCUGGGCCCUGAGCACCGGGCAGUGUGUUAAGUCUAUCUACACAUUCAACGCCGUGACUGCGCUCUGUUUUGUGCCAGAGGAAGACGGUUACAUCAUCACUGGAUCAGAUGGGGGGAAAGUUCAAGCCUGGAGCUGGCAUUCUUUCCAAAACUGCCAGUCAGUCAAUGCUCACCAGGAAGCAGUCACUUCCAUCCAGUCUCAGGGUCCGCUGGUGUUCAGUGGCUCGGCCGAGGGAGGGGUGUCUGUGUGGGAGAACCGGUGUUCAGAUCGUGACCCCCUGAUGCUGCUGCACCACUGGAGCAGCCAGGUGACGGGGUUGAGAGGGGGGGUGGACGGGCGUCUCACCCUCAGCCCGCGGGGAGACCGAGUGUUCCUGGCUUACGGUCAAGCCUGGCUAAAGAUCCUGCACUGGAGGACGGGAGCCACAUCCAGAGUGACCAAUCACAGCGACAUCACCGGGGUAACAGAUUGUGUUCACCAAACAGGGGGCCUCCUAAUUAGCUCCUGCUACGAUCUGGCAAACGGAGAGAGCACACUAAAUUUGUUCUCUCUGCCACAGUGUCAGUAUCUGGUCUCUCUGGCCUGGCCUGAUGCUCCCAGAAUCCUGUGCUUUGCAGCGUGGACCACUGGGAGUGGAGACCACCGAUGGGUGACUGGAGGUCACAACCUCACUGUAUUGGAGCAACUCCCCAGUUCUGGGAAGCAGAGGGGUGACGUCACUGUAAGGAGAGACAGUGGAAUGGACUCCUGCUUGCAGGAGUCAGAGGGGGACACGGAAGGUGACGAGGAUACUGAUGAUUAUGAGGAUGAUGAUGAUGACAACGAUGAAGGGAAAGACAGCUGGUCUGAUCAUGCGGAGGAUGGUGGGUCUAGAUCGUGGCUCCGCUGCGUUCUCCAGUGAGAACUGAGGACACCGUGGCCUGCAGCCAUGAAGAGGAAAUGAGAGGGUGGGAACGUAGUGACAGCAAAGGAGGGUGCAGGGGAGUGAAGUGUGACAAACUGAGUAUCAGUGUUGGAGGGGGAGCAUAUGGAUGGAGUAAGUAUGUGUGUAUGUGUGAGUGAUAGGCAGAUUGUUUGAUGUAAAUAUUCUUUUCACAUACAAUAAAGCUGUCACUUUGUGACUCGCACCUCCAAA